CCUUCUAUAGUCUACAUAAAAGAAAUGACUGUAUUUCGUGCACACAUCCCGCCGCCAGUGUUCAUUUUUCCCACGACCAACAAAACCAGUCAAGCAGGAGAAGGUUGCAGCGAGCGCAGUCAGUGAGUGUACCGCUCGGCCGGCGCUGCACUAGCUAGUUGCCGGCCGAUCAAUGGAGGUAUGUCGUGAUGUCGCAUCUGCCCUAGCCAAGCUCCACCAAGUGAUCAGUGACGACAAGAAGCUGGAGACGAAGAUGAGAACUGGCCUCCGAGGAAUCUUACUCGAUAUGGUCCAUUUGAAUGCCUAUAUCGAGGAGAACUCCAAGGGGAGAGAGCAAGGGCCUGCACAUGAGGCUUGGAUCCUGCAGCUUCAAGACUUGGCGUACGACAUCGAAGAUUUCGUUGAUUCCCUCUACCGGAAGCCGAAAGAGAAGUUCCCUCUCCGGGCUGUGCGGAUGAUCACAGCAACUGAUCCCCGACCUGAGUACGGCGAUGAAAUCACAGCCUUCCAGGAGCGCACGGCGAGGCUGGAGGCGAACAAGCCGAGCUUCCCCGCAUGUACCGGCCAGAGUGGCGCAGCUGCUCAAGCUGCGUCUGUGCUCACUGCUGGUCCAUCCAUGUCCCCAAACGGAGGCACCCACACUCCUUCGACUUCAAGGUUGCUGUCCAGCGACCACGGCGCAUCUCCUCUUGUGGGCAUCGACCGUUUCAAGCAAGAUCUCGUAGAUCUGCUGAAGCAAGUCGAAGGUGAGCCCAGAGAGCUGAGGGUGAUCUCCAUCCUGGGGGUUCGCGGCGUCGGGAAGACUGCCCUCGCAAGGGCAAUCUACCAAGCCUGUGGCACUUUCGGCGACCAGGAGCCGUUCGACUGUCAUGCUAUGGUCAUGGUACGGCCUGACGACAAUGAGGCUUCCGGGAGCAAUGGCGCAGCGGAGCUCUUGAGGGAGAUCCUGAUACAAGUUGGCAACGUUGCAGGCCAGAUCUCCAAUACUUCUGCUGCCGAGUUGGAAAAUAUUCUGCGGAAAGACCUUGAGCACAAGAGGUACUUCAUUGUAAUUGACGGUUUGCAACAAGAAGAAGAUUGGGACUUCCUGAGGAAUGUCUUCCCUCAAAAUGAGAAAAGUAGCAGGAUAGUUGUGAGCACAAGUGUCCAACGUGUCGCUAAGUACUGCAGCUCCAGCACUAGUUUCGUGUACAAAAUGGAAGGUCUCGACAAUGAGGAGACUAAGAAACUGUUCUGGCAAGAAGUUGGAGUGCCGAAUGCUGCCGAUUCGUUGAAACAACUUGCACAAGGCAUCUGUAACGGAUGCCACGGUUUACCCCUCGCAGUGGUCAGUGCAGCCAAGUAUUUGAGACCCAUAUGGACAGAACUGAAACAGAGUGACUGGGACCGCGAGGCUCUCGCGCUAGGUAACCGCGUAACAGGCCAGGGCGAGCAACCUGCCUUUGCAGAACUGAAAAAAGUCCUCGUGGAAUGCUUCGACGGCCUAACCUGCCACCGUGUCAAGACUUGCUUGUUGUCUGUUACAAUGUUCCCCAAGGGUCACCCCAUCAAGAGGAAAAGCUUGUUCCGGCGGUGGAUAGCUGAAGGCUUCGUGGAGCAUGACGGGCGACUGGAUAAGAACGCCGCUUGCCAUGAACUCUUCCGGGAGCUGAUCGAGCGCCACCUCGUGGAGCCAGUGGAGAGCAGCAGAGAGAAUCUGGUGCCGGCAGCCGAAGUGAAGAUGUGUCAGGUUCACGGUGUGUUGCUUGACUUUCUUCUCAGCGAGUCCCUCCGUCGGAACUUCACCGACCUCAUCCGCAACAAUGUGCCUGUUCAAGCCGCACGCGGAGGCAUCCGUACCCGUCGGCUCGCCGUCCACACGGACGACGACUGCAGGGUUGGUGCACCCUGCGACGUUGACCUCAAACGUUACUCCUUCAUCAGGUCAUUGACGAUCGUGAACAGCGCCUUUAAGGACUUGCUGGAGAGCGAGUUCCUCCGGGUGCUGGAUCUGGAGGGCUCCAAAGGCAUCGACGAACAAGCGCUAUGCAAAAUCUUCCAGCUGAUACACCUCAAGUACCUCAGCAUCAGGGACACGGACUGCUGCAGAAUUCCCAAGAGGAUCAGGAGGCUACAUCAGCUUGAGACUCUGGACGCCCGGGACAGCAACGUCAGGGAACUGCCGAUUGAGGUCCUCCUCCUGCCGCGGCUUGCCCACCUUUUCGGCGAGUUUCAACUCCCCAGUGAGCUAUGCAGCAAGAAGAAGAUCCCGAUUACAAGCAAGGACGUGGAGAGAGUUUUCAAGAGCAGCAACAGCAAGCUGGAGAGUGUGGCAGGGUUCCUCGUGGACGACCGCCAAGGUUUCCAACAUAUUAUGCUCCACAUGCACAAUCUCAAGAAGGUUAAGAUGCGGUGGGGGAGCACGAGCACGGCCCCAACCCAAGAUUUGUCUGGCCUUCUUGCCGACUCCCUGCGGAGGCGAUUUGGGCUCGAGUGCCUAUCAAUUGAUUUUGGUGAGCACUCGCUAGAUUUUAUGAACCCCCUGUCAUAUUCAGAAACUUGCUUGCUCAAAUCCGUCAAGCUGCGCGGAAGCCUCAGCGAGGGUCUACCGGGCUUCAUGUACAAGCUGGAAUAUCUCUCAGAGCUUCAUCUUUUCUCCACUGGCCUUGACAGCGAGGCCCUCUCGGCCCUGGAACAACUAAGUCACUUGGAGCACCUGCAGCUCGAAGAGGUCAGUGACAGAUUCGGGAGCUGCACCUUCAGUUUGGCGGCAGGCAAAUUUGAGAGACUCAAGCGACUCAUCAUCGAUGCCCCCAAGCUUCCACAGGUGACUGUCGCAAAUGGAGCCAUGGCUGUCCUCACCACCCUUGAACUACUUUGCCAUGAUGUAACGGGGUUUGCAGCUACGGACAUCUCACGCCUUGGAUCUCUUAGUGAGGUCGUACUACUCAAAAGUCUCAAAUCUUGUGACCCUGGCACCUGGUCGAGGUGGGAGGCGGAGGCCAAGAAGCACAAGAAAAGGCCAAGAAUUUCGUUCUGUGAUAGUAGCAACCGACAACAGCGACAAGCAGCUGCAGUGAGGCAGCAAAAGUCUGGAACCAAGUGGAGGAUGCUACCACGUUAGUUGCUGCAAGUACGUAUCCUAGCUCGUUUUAGCUAGGUGAUCUUAUCGAUCUAUCUUGUCUCACCCAUGUGUGUGUGCCAUCCUUGAACGUCACUAGCUUAAUCUUCUGUUUUUAGUUACUUUUAGAGCUCCUCUGUUUGUAAUAAUUUUAAUUUUUGGGCUGGCAUUCAGUGCUCCCAGAAAUUAAAUAAACCGCAUUGUGUCUUUUUUUUAUUGAACUUGUGGCAAACUUUAUGAAAAUUC